CUCUCCUCCUUCUCCUUUUUUUUCAUUGUUCAGCUUCUCCGAGAUUUUUAAAAGAAACGUAUCAAUGGCUGUUGAAGCGUCUACAAAACGUCCAAGAGGAUCUCAGUACCUUGACACAAACGCUAACUUAGCACCUGCUGUUAAACGGAGGUCCGGCGCGUUUGGUUUAUCAUCAUCGUUGAUAAAUUCUGAACUCUUAUGUCAGUUUCAAAACCAGCAACAAUUGGAGAUUGAUAGGUUUGUGGCUCAGCAAACAGAGAAGCUUAGAAUAGAGAUUGAAGCACGUCAGCAAACGCAAACGCGGAUGCUAGCGUCUUCGGUUCAAAACGCGAUAGCCAAGAAGUUAAAAGAGAAAGACGACGAAAUAGUAAGGAUAAGAAACGUGAACUUCGUUUUACAAGACCGAGUAAAGAGUCUCUACGUUGAAAACCAAAUCUUGCGCGAUAUCGCUCAAACCAACGAAGCACACGCUAACAACCUUAGAACAAACCUCGACCAAGUUCUUGCUCAAAUGGAAACGUUACAAACCGCAGAAACCGCUGUAGAAGACGAUGCGGAAUCGAAUUGCGGAAGUUGCGUUGAAGGUGGUGAAGCUAUUAGGGUGGUUAGUAGCGGUUGCAAGCGGUGCGGUGAGAGAGAAGCGAGUGUAUUGGUGUUACCUUGUCGUCAUUUGUGUUUGUGUACGGUUUGUGGUUCUGCUUCGUUACGAACUUGUCCGGUUUGUGGUUCGGUCAUGAACGCUAGUGUACAUGUUAACAUGUCUUCUUGA